UCUCAGUUCUGUGUCUCUGUUUCUACGGCUUCAAUGUCACUCUCAUUUUCUGCAUCCAUUCUUCCUUCUCCCAUUUCCCAUGCCAAAUCCAACCCGAACCCGAUAACCCAAGACCCGAUUCCCCGGGUUCCCCGCAGCUCAAUUUCACUUUCACUUUCAGCUCCAGCGUCAAAAACUGCUGCUUCUGUAUCUUCAUUUUCAUCAUCGUCUGCGUCGAAACACAGACAGCGGAAAGAAAGUGAAUUUCCUGAAACAUCGUAUUCGGAGAGUACGAGGAAGACACAGAUUAAUAAGAAGAAGAAAAAGAAGAAGGUGGUGGAGAAACAGAACAAUGAUAAGGCAUGGGUCCACACUCUCACCGAAACCUUAUCCUUUCACAUUCACAAGAAGCACUGGCCUAAAGCCCUUGAGUUAUUUGACAUGCUUAGAGAACAACCCUAUUAUGAACCCAGAGAGCAGACUUACAUGAAACUCGUUGUGUUGCUUGGAAAAUGUGGCCAACCCCAUCGUGCCCAUCAGCUUUUUGACACUAUAAAAGAAGAUGGUUGUGAAAGUACCCAACUUUAUACAACCUUAAUUGCAGUGUAUUGUCAGAACAACCUGAUUGAUGAGGCGUUUUCGAUUCUCGAUGAGAUGAAGAACCUCCCUUGUUGCCAGCCUGAUGUUUUUACUUAUAGUACCCUGAUAAAAGCUCGUGUGGAUGCUUCGCAAUUCGAACUGGUUGAGUUGCUGUAUGAAGAGAUGGCUGAAAGAUCUGUCAUGCCGAAUGCUUCCACUCAGAACAUUGUCCUGAGUGGUUAUGGUAAGACUGGGAGGUUUGAUCAGAUGGAGAAAUUGCUGUCAAGUAUGCUGGAGAGCACUACAUGCAAGCCUGAUGUUCGGACAAUGAACACGGUCAUCAGUGCCCUUGGUAGUUAUGGUCAGAUUUUUAUGAUGGAGAAGUGGUAUGAGAAAUUCCAAAAUUUCGGGAUACAACCGGAAAGGAGCACUUUUAAUAUUUUGAUUGCAGUAUAUGGGAAUAAAAGAAUGUAUGAUAAAAUGUCAUCAGUUAUGAAGUAUAUGCAUAAGAUGCAAUAUCCAUGGAAUACCUCAACUUAUAACAGUGUGAUUGAGGCAUUUGCAGCUGUAGGUGAUGCUGAAAACAUGGAGUCUGCAUUUGAUCAGAUGUGUGCUGAGGGUUUGAAAGCAGAUACUAAGACUUUCUGCUGCCUUAUCAAUGGUUAUGCUAAAGCAGGUAUCUUCCAUAAAGUAAUUAGCAGUGUUGGUUUGGCUGAGAAGUUACAGAUACCUGAGAAUACUUCCUUCUACAAUUCAAUCAUAUCUGCAUGUGCAAGGGCAGAGGCUUUGGUGGAAAUGGAAAGAGCUUUCGAUCGUAUGAAAGAAAAACAAUGUCAACCAGAUGACACAACAUAUUCUGUCAUGGUUGAGGCAUACAGAAAAGAAGGUAUGAAUGACAAGAUAUACUAUUUGGAGCAGGAAAAGCAGAUGAUGAUAUCUGAUGACAUCUUUUCGAAUCAGCUGUAGUUUUGUUAUCUGAUGUGAAAGAAUCGAUCAGUUUGGUAGUCUUGCUUCUUUUUUCUUGAUGAAUGACGACAACUCCUUCCCUACUUUGUGUAAGUUUAUAGUAAAUAGUGUUGGCAUCCAUUUUGCAUUUUGAUGCUGAUAGCUAGUAUGAUGAUCCUUCAAAAAUGAAAUGGAAUCUUGAAUACCUUAAAAUGACAAUAAUAUUUUGGUCAA